UUGCUGAGAUUCCAGUUAGCUAGCUAACUACGACUUCUGAUCCCCUCCGUUCCCCUAGGCUAAUGCUAACACGGUGGCCACCUUGCAUAAUAACUCAAUCGUCCUUCCAAACUAAGUGUGAUGCAUUGUUUCCUAAAAAGCUGACCAAUGUGGAUGUGAUGCGGUUCCCGUGUGGGGUCCUGAUCACAGAGGUGCGCGUCAUUCCUCCUGGAAUUAAAGCACACACCAGCCUGCCAGACAACCGGGCAUUCGGGGAGACAUCGCCUCAUUCCUUCCAGCUGGAGCUUUUCUUUAACAACCUCACUAAACCCAGCAGCGCCUGCUUCCACAGACUGGGCAGUUUUGAAUAUGACGAAAACAAGUCCAUCGUUUUCAGGCCCAAUGGAAAGGUGAACACAGAUGGUCUGGUGCUGCGUGGAUGGUACACCAGUCUGACGGUGGCAGUGUACGGUACAGCAGAAAGGUCAUAUGGUCACGACCGGGACUCUCCCCCACCUCCCCCUCCCCCACCCCCCCAACAACAGACGGGCCUCAAGAGGAUCAUCAAACAAGAGUGGGAUAAGGAGGAGCAGUAUAAUGGCAGUCCCCCCAGACCAGCUCCCAGAGGCCCCCGCACCCCUCCUGGACCGCCCCCACCAGAUGAUGAUGAUGAGGAGCCGGUCCCAGUGACCGUUGGAGUGGCCAAGGCGGAGCCGACUGAAAGAGGGGAGGACUACCUGGAGGCGGUCUCACCUGAGCGCAGCUCACUGCCUGCCGACGAACCCUACUCAGACGCCGAGCCUGAGGAAGAGGGAGAGGAGGAAGAGGAUGAAGAGCCGGAAGAAGAGGACGAUGCACGGACGGAGUGUAGCGUCCCUGAGGAUGAGGAGGAGGAAGAGGAUGAGGGUGAGGAGGAGGAGGAAGAGAUGGAGGAAGGUGAUGAUGGUUAUGAGAAGAUCAGUAGUGAUGAGGAUGACUUGGACAAUGGGAGUUUUAAGCUGCCCAGUUUUGACAUUGACUACACCCCUGAAGACCUGGCCUCUGUGCCCCCAGUCCAGUAUGACCCCUACGAAAGAGAGCUACGCCCACUGCUCUACUUCACCCCUCCCUACAAGACCCGCUUCGACUCCCAGCUGGAGAGGGCUAGGGGGGCUAUGUGUGUUGGUCCAGAGGGGCCUGGAGGUGGAGAAGGGGCAGAGGCUGAGGUUGUUGCCCAGAUGAGAGAGCUCCUGGCUGGGAUAGCAGAGGACCGUGACUCCCGCUGGGUCACGGCCCUAGAGCAGGCAUCAGGGCUGCUCGCUAGAGGGCUGGGCUUUCUGAUUGGACAGGGGGAAUGGGAGGGGCCUAUUGGAGUUCUGGUCCAAUGGGCUCUCCAGGGUCUUAGCAUGGAGAUAGCUCUGACCCAACCCAUUGCUCUAAACCUCAGGCAGCUGAAAGCUGGAGCUAAGCUGGCUUCCUGCUUGGCCGAGUGCCCACAGGGCCUCACUGCGCUGCUGCACGAGGGAGCCCUGGAGCUCCUACUGGAGCUGCUCCAGGUGGACCAUGUGUCGUCCACACUGAAGCUGUGUAUCCUGAGGGCUCUGGAUGCUCUGACCAGUGCCCCCGCUGGCGUGGAGGCCUUCCUACAGGAGGGGGAGAUAGAGAGGAGUGGAUACCAGCGGCUGGUGCAGCUGUUCCUGGGGGAGGAAACCGUGCGGGUGGUAACCGCGGGCAACGCCAUUCUGCAGAAAGGCCACGCCUAUGAGGUUAUGACUGACCUGCAGAGGACAGCGGUAGCCUGGAGCGAGCCUCUGCAGGAUGAGGGGGAGGAGCCUGACAUAGCCAUGGAGGAGGAGACCUCAUUAGGCCCCUCCCCUGUCAGCGAGGCUGAGCUGGAUAGGUUGGCUGGGGUUCUAGAAGAGUUACAUCACCUUUUAGAGACCGCCCCCCACACCAUGGUCCAGCCCCCUGGAAAGGCCUUCCCUACAACCGCACGCAUUACUGGUCCACAGGAGAGAGACGACCCCUACCCUACACUGUACAGGUACAUGCAUGCAUGUCACUUCCUGGAGAGCUCGGCGGUGGUGUUGUCAGCAGCAGUGGCGGCAGGGCAUACAGGUGUCACUCACGCAGUCAGGGAAGUCCUGCACUUUCUGUCUCUCACCCAAUCAGGACUGCUGUUCAUGCUGGCCCAUCCCACGCCUACCAACCUGCUGCUCCGCCUCCUAGCAACCGUCGCCGAGGUUGAGGGAGAGGAGCCUAUGGUCACUGGGGGCGACGGCGGGUUCUCGAGCCCCGGAUUGGGUGAAGAGGGUUUGGGGGUGUGGCUGAUGCAGGCGCUGCAUGCCCUCCAGAGUGUGUCUGAGCUGAUGAGUCACGUGACUGCUGGUGGGGAGGGAGGGGUGGGGCUAGAGGAGGGGGACAGUGCGGAGGUACUGAGCAUGCUCCAUGCCCUCUACCUCAUCACCUUCACACAGACUGGGAGGAGCGCUGUGGCCCACGUCUUCAGCCUGGAGAACAACCUCUCCUGUCUGGUUACGCUGCUGCAGCACCACAGCAAGGACGGACACGGGGAGGCCAAGGCCCGGAAGGCGGUGACCUAUAACUAUGCGUGUAUGCUGGUGCUGAUGGUGGUUCAGAACUCCAGUGAUCUCCGUAACAUGGAACAACACGCUGCUCCUCUACUCAUCCUGGCCAAGGCUGAUGACACCAACGCUAAACUACAGGAGCUGAGUCAGUGGCUGGAACCUCUGGACAAGGUGAAGUUGGAGAUGGGCAGCAUCCCCAGCCUCAUAGACUACAUCAAACAGAACGUCCAGAACGUGUUGACUCUAGAGGGAAGUGGACUGAUCUCUGCUCUGAGGGUCCUCUGCCAGAUCGCCUGUCCACCUCCCGCCGUAGAGGCUCAGCAGAGAGAUCUGAAGUGGAGUCUAGCAGGGGUGCAGUUGUUUUCUGGGGAGGGCUUGGACACGUGUGUUUGUGUGCUCCAGAAGCUGUGUAGCGUGCUGCUGCCUGCCUGGCGUGUGCACGGACACAUGGGACCCACCCCACAGCGCUGUAUGAUCCUUGGCGUGUGCGCUAACACGCUAAGGCUGCUGCGGACCAUGCUAACAGAGCUGCUGCGCAGCGGGGCCUUCCAGUUCAGGGACACGCGUGUGGCGAGCACGUUGGUGACUCUACACAUGGUCGUGUGUUCAGCCCCGUCCUCUGGACGUCUAGACUGGGAGGAGACCAAGGUUCAGGCCCUCAUCGUAGAUGUGCUGCUCACCUUCACACAGGGAGUCAGCGAACAGAUGACCCACACAGAGGAGACUCUGCUCAGUAACACAUGGUCUCUGAUGCUGAAGGAGGUGUUGGGCUCUCUACUGAAAUCACCAGAGGGACUCUUCUCUGGCCUCACCCUGCUGUCUGAACUGCUGCCACUUCCCCUGCCCAUGCAGAGCACGCAGGUGAUCUCUGUCCAGGACGUGGCUGUAGCGUUGAACACCAGGAAGUUGUGGAGCAUGCACCUGCGGGUGCAGUGGGGUGUGUUUGCGGAUGCCCUCGGGUGUGUGUGUGGAACUAGCUGUCCUCCGCUGCUGGCCAUGCUGCGACGUGUGUGUGUCCAGCUGGCUGACCUCUCCUCUCCCACCGCCACCCUCAUCAUGAAGACCCUGCUGGAAUUCCUGCUGGGGGAACUACAGCCUGUUGAGGGUAAGAGUCCCGGUUGGGGGCAGGUCCUGCGUCUCCUCUCUCUAUUCGACACCCUGGUUUCCCAGAGAGCCUGUAAGAUCGCAACGUUACACUUGCUCUCUGGCACCGCCCCUGGAGACGAGCCAUUGGCUGAUGUCUUCCCCCUGCUACUGUCCCUAUUGGUUCCCGCUGCUGACCACGCCCUGCCACAACAGCACUGUGCAGAGCUGGUGGGAACUGUCCUGCAGUCACUGUGUGACCAGGACAUCUCUCUGGUGGUGCCCCACCCAGCCGAGGGGUGUGUGUCAGAGGCCGAGCAACUUGCCAAUGCCCUGCCAGGACGGGAAAUGAUCUCAUCAGUGUGCGACUCUCUGAUGGAGGUUUUGGGGAACGGAGAGAGCAGUGCCGCUCUGCUCCUCACCUGUCUCAGAACACUCAUGUUCCUCACAGAACAUGACUAUGGACUCUACCACCUCAAAGGGGCUCUGAAGAAGCACAGUGCCAGUGUGUGUGCUCUGUUGAAGAGACAGGUGUUCUCCUUCAGGAAAGACUCGGCUGAACUCCUCUCUGCUCUGCUGGACUUCCUACGACAGAUCCUCAACACUGACCCUCUGGGUUGCUGUGGGGAGGAGAGUGGAGGGGAAGAGUCCAGGCUGGUUCCGCCCCCAAGGUCUGUGGCUCUGACUGGCUCAGAGAUGAAGGCUCUGCUUCAGUGGGAGGAGACUGACACACACCCUCUAAACACACUAGAGAAACACAUCACGAAGCUGUGCAAGGAGGAGGAUUCAUUGGAGACCCUGUUGGAGAAUGUGAUUGGUCUACGACAGACGCUGGAGAGCACUAUAGAUGCAUCUUCUCCCCCUGAGACGGAGCCCACUCUACCCAAUCCUGACACGUUAUUGGCCCAGUUCAACCACAGGACGGUGUUUGUGUUGUCAGAGGUGUUGGAUGAGCAGCUGAAGGCUCUGUGGUUCUCCCCCUUCCACACUGACGACAUGGAGGCUGAACUAGACAUGGUGAAGGUGGACCUGCUAGGCCUGGCCCAGGAGUGUUGUCCAGAUUUGGACCUGAAGUCAGAGCUGGAACGCUCCUUCCUGUCUGAGCCCUUGUCUCCCAGUCAUACCAAAACUAACAAGGGCUUCAGGCUGGGCAAGCACAAACACGAGACCUUCAUCACCAGUGGUAAGUCAGACUACAUCGAGCCAGCUAAGAGAGCCCACAUGAUGGCUGCUCCUCGCGGUCGAGGUAGGGGGGGCUUCGGGGGACAGCUCUGUCGCCCCCACGACAUCUUUCGCCAGCGCAAACAGAACACUUCGCGCCCUCCCAGCAUGCACGUGGAUGACUUUGUGGCGGCGGAGUUUAAAGAUGUUGGGACUCCCCUGGGCCUGUUGCCCCCCAAGCGACCCCCUAAGAGCUCCCCCAAACCCCCCACCAGAGGCCUGUUCACUGGGAACAGAGGCAGGGCUGCUUUCCACAGCCAGCAGACACGCUUUUUCACCCCACCGCAGCCUAAAGGAGUGCUGCUGUCUGGUAACUAUAAUGCCCGCCGUGAGGGUGGGCGAGGUGGCACGUCGUGGAGUGGUCCGUUGCCACCGGUUACCCACAGAGGAACAUACAGUGAUGCCAGGGGCGGGCAGAGCAACUUCACACGCGGCCCCCUGCCCUCACGCCAGCAGCCUGCAGGAGCAUAUCGCCUGGCUCCGCGGGACCGCGCCCCUCGAGGUCGUGGGGGUACAGGCCUAUCGUGGCUGAGUCAGGGAGGAGGAGGGGGGAGGGGGUCCCAGGGGGGGAAGUUUAGCGGUGGGGGAGGCAGCGGAGGAGGGAGGGGACGACACGUUCGCUCCUUCACCAGGUAAACAAACCUGGCCAAUGACUGCAGCCCGUCACGGCUCUUAACGGACCAAUCAGGAAUAAUGAGUUCAUCAUCUCCAUGGAAACUUGUCCUCUGUGGGAUUCUAUUGAUGAUGAUGUGUGGAAUUUGUUGUAUUAUGUUUUAGUUCUUUUACAUUGUUGUUCAGACUCAAUAAAGUUCUGUGAUUGAGA